UGUGUUGCGACGGAUAAUAGAUGAUUUAACAUGAUGGGGACUGACGCCGGCAGGAGCACUAAAUAUUCCAUUUCCGCUAUCUAGUUACAUAUUGUCAUUCAAUUUUGGCCUUGAACGAAAAAUUUUAUUUUGGACAGAAACUACGCUUUAAGAAUCAUGACGUCCCGAUGUAAAUGUCCGAAAUCAGACACGAAGACGAGCGAACAUUCCUCACCCUAUUUAGAAGAUAUCACAAUGAAGAUAAAGGAGCGACGUUGCGAUCUUCUCGGUAGACAGAAAUAUUUAAAAGAAAAGAUUACGACGAUGGAACGAUCGAUUCCUGCGUUAAUAGCGUACAAUAUGUGGAUGUCGAAAAAUUGCGACGACGCGCCGUACUGUAAAAUUCGCAAGAUUAUGAAGAUGUUCGCUCCUUAUCCGGACCAAACUGAAAAACUUCUCGAAAGUCUGAAGAAUACUGUGAAGGAUCUGAACAAUGAGACCGAGGAGUUGCAUGAGAAGAUCAUUCAAGCGGAUGUUAAAUUGGAAGAGACAGAAAUGGAAUUAGAAUCUUUGGAGCUUAUAAAUAAGGAGAUGAACAACAAGUUGAAAGAUUUGGAGAAAGAAGUACGGUGUCACACUAGUCCGAGUCUUCACUCGAUACAUUCCGAGGAUUUACUUUGCUUAACGAAGAUUCGUCAACUGGCUGAGGAAGAAUUAAAUCUGAAGAAUUGUAUUAAACAAUUGGAAAAGAAGGAAACGCUUUUCAAGGAACAUAUGGAUCGAUUAUUAACGUCUAAGGAGUAUCAAAAUGUUUGCACUCGAAAGAAAGUCGUUAGCUGCAUUCCAGAUUUAAAUGGUAGCGGGAAAGGAAUAUGUUACGUGCCAAAAAAAUGUUUAUUGCAUAAACAAAAUGAAUCAAAGAAAAAACAGGAAGGGAAAGCUGUCAUCCCACAAAGUGACGCAAUAAUUUCUACAUCGAAGCAGAAUAUUGAAAAAUUGGAUCAAGAAACUGAGCCUGAACAGCCUAAGGGAGAGAUCGGGAAAAUGUCUUCCUGGAUAUCGAAUUGGUGGUCAAAUAACGAAAAAUCGGAAGUUGCAUCUCAAAUGAGAAGCGCAGAUACUCACACAUCGUUUGUUGCGAAUAAUGUACUAACUGAAAAAUUAACUACUGCUACAGUUAAACCCAGAAUUCAGUCGCCCACUACCCAAAAAAAAUCGAACGGUGAGAAAACAAGCGAUGAUGAGCAAAUCAAAUUGUCAAAGCCCAACUCGAAGUCAGCGCAGUGUCAUCGCCCUUGUUUUACUCCUCAGGAUCUUGAAUAUGUUUUGAAAAAAACUUGUGUAGGAAAACAUAUUCCUCCUUGCAAAAUCCCUUGUAACAAACCUAUCAGAAGUUAUGCUACAUCUUCAAGGAAACCUUUCUACGAGCUACCACGUUAUACAAUGGCAGAUCAUGGUAUUCGAACAGGGUGCAAACCAUACGUACUACCUUGUGAUCUCAGAAAUCCCUGCGAUAUUAGAGAUCCUUGUGAAAUUUGUCCAUCGACGCCCUGUCCACGUCUAGUUGGAAGCUGCAGGUGUAAUUGCAGGGGCAAAUGUGCCCGUGGGUUAUCCAACGCAGCAUGUAACUGUAGCGAUGAUCCACUAGGUCCUUCCGGGGAAUAUCAACCAAUUAAUUCAAAACAGUUGGCUGAAGAGGACAGUGAGGAUGAAUUUUGCGAAUGUUGCUCAUGCGGUUGUGAAGACAGUGAUGAAUCAUUGUGCCAGUGCACCUAACCGUAAGAGUUAUUUAGUGUUCCAUUUGUUAUGACGUAAAGUUAGACUAAAGGGAUUUCAUGAAAAAAAGCUUAAUA